UUAUUUUUGUCGUUAAUCGGUUAUUUUAGUCGAAUGAAUAACCGAUUACCUUCUAAUUCCACAUUUUAGGGAUUUCCACCACUACCUUCUACCGUCAUUCGCUCUUCAGUUUCCGUGUAGCUUACUUCGUCCGCUAACCAUGGCAAUGAUUUCCGAGGUUUUAGGGCUCAAGUUCAAGGCAACAGUGUAUCACAUAGGAGACGGAUAUUUUUAUUACAAAAAUUCUACGGACAGAAAUAAUAAGUUCUAUCUCCGAUGUGCGGUAUCGAAGUUGUGCACAGCAAGAGCCAAUAUGCCUCUCCAGCCCGAAGCCAGGCUUGCUUCCUCUUUGGUGACGUCUCGUCCUCACAGCCACCCUCCUCAGCCUAAUUGGCUCGAAGUGAAUACUCUCAGGACAUCAAUUCUGAGAAGAUGCGAGACGACAUCAACGCCGUUUAGGCAUAUUCAGAGAGAGGAAAGUGAGAGGGUUGAUAUUGACGUCGCAGCUGAACUGCCGUAUCAUGUGCUGUCCAAAGCGAUGCAGCGUGCCAGGCGAGCUGCUAAUGGGCCCGUACCGAGUACUCUGCAAGAGUAUGGGGAAGCGCUGUCGCAGAACCCUAGGUACGGGCAGAGUCAUCGGGGUGAAGAUUUCUACAGGGCAACAGUUGUCGACGACAACGGCGAUGUUGCCGUAAUCUUCAUCUCCGAGAACCUGUCUGCAAGGCUCUCGGCCGAUGGCUCUCACAUCCAUUUGGACGGCACAUUUAAGGUAGUGCCGAGCACUCCUCCAAGCUGCCAGCUCCUUACUAUCAGUGCUAUUUAUUUCGACCAUGCUUUUCCGGUGGCAAGUGUGCUGAUGGGUAGAAAGACAGAGCUACUCUACAGUAGAGUGUUCGACUACUUGCGGGAGGUUCUGUCCGACUGGCACCCCACAGUAUUCACAUGUGACUUUGAGAAGGCGGUGACGCGUGCCUUAAGAAGAGCAUGGCCGGAAAGCCGAGUGGCCGGAUGUUGGUUUCACUCGGCAAAUAGCAUGAACAAGAAAGCGCGGACUCUGGGCCACGUUCAGCUGCUACGCCAAAACCCUGCUGCAAGAAAAGUUUACAAGAUGUGCCAGGCCUUGCCUCUACUUCCAGCGAACAUGAUCGAGGCAGGGUACGACCAUGUUGUGAACUUCGCGCAGCAGGCGGGCGUCCUCCAAAAUCUCGCGGUGUUCCUCAACUAUGUGCACCGUGUGUGGAUUACUGGUGUCGGUGUUGAGUCUUUCUCUGUUUAUAAACAGAGGAGACGAACCAACAACGACAUGGAAUCCUACCACAGAAAGCUGAGGGAUACCAUGAAUACUGCCCAUCCGAACGUGUGGGUUUUUUACAGGACAAUAAAUACUCUCACCACACGCUUAGACGACAGGCAGUACAGUGUUGGCGAGUUUUUGGAGGCUGCUAGUCACCAGCUGGACAACAUCCACAACGAAGUCUACAACGUCGCAGGCGACGACGAAGACGACGAUGAGGAUGUUGUUGGUGUCGACGGUGGCAGAUUGCCGCCGGACGAAGAAGCUGGUGGCCAAGCUGCAGUAGCUGUACGCGGUCGCAACCGUGGAGCGGUGGCAAGAAGAGGACGUGUUCGACGUGGGGCAGUGGCAGCACGCGGGAGACGAAGACAUGUGAUGAGGUUUCCCGAUGGAGGUGGACGUGCCCCACCAGCAGCGGUGGUCCCUGGAGCUGAAGCAGUGGAAGCUUUACCUGUUUUUGCUGCUGCUGUUCCAGUACCUCCUCCUGGUCCAGUGGUCUUUCCAGCUCCUCAAGCCCUACCAGUGGUACCACCCAUUCCAUAUUUUCUAAUGGUAGUUGACGGUGCAGCACUACAAGCACCAGUUUUACCACCUGUUCCAGUUGUGGGUCAGCAGCUAGUGAUAAAUCACUGCCUCGUUUGCCUGGAGCACAAGGCAGCGAUGAUGGUAGCUGUUCCUUGCGGACAUCCCGCUGUCUGCGAGGACUGUGCCCCACAACUGGAACGAGAACAUCGGUUUUGUAUAGCUUGUAGGGCUCCCGUUGAACUCUAUUUAAGGUUAAAUAACCUACACUGAUUUUAAUUAACCUAGGAUAAUAAUUUAUUGUAAAUAGUCGUAUUUUAGUUUUGUUGUUGUUAUGUAAUUAUAUUUCUUUUUAACUAGCUGUUACCCGCAGUUUCGCACGCAAUUUUCAAAAUCGAAGUUCUUAUAUUACUUAAUAAAAGCACUUAUGAUGGAGUCCUAUGGAAAUUUUAAAUCGUAAGUAGGCAUGCUGAUGGUAUAUAGGAUAUAUAGGAUUAUAAAUAGUUAUAGGUCUGCAACCGCAAAUGAACUGUUAUUGCUUUGCCUUUGGGACCCUAUCUUCCUAUUAAAAUUAUAUUUGAUUUGUCAAAACAGAAUUUUAUGUUAUGUUAGUAUAGAUUUCUAUAAUACUCAUAUGAUUUUUUCUGGGUACUAAUAGAUGUGUUUUUAGGAAGUAAAUCAUUCAUUCAUUUCAGUAGACAGAAAUACUUAAUUUUGAAAUGGGGUUCGAUUCAAAACAGUAUCGUUUUCUAAAUUAUAUAGAUAUCUCAAUAUUUGUAUCGAAAAUAAAAAACUGAAAUCAACAUCAGCAAUACUAAUUCAUUUCAAUACUUACAUUGUGACAGUUUUCAUCCAUAUGUAAAUCAUACAUGAUACAGUAAAGUUCUUACUUCCCAGUACAUGUUCAUGUAUGCUAUUUCUUCGGUCCAGUUUAGGUAUUACAUCAGUAUUUAUAUACAUAAUCAGUAUCGUAGAACCCAUCAGGAAGUAAAUGGAUGCUAUGUCACCUUGACGAUUUUCUGUCAUUAAAAUUGCGUUUAUAGUCACUCUCGUGUUGGCUUUGUGAGCCAGAAUAAAUCAAUUGGUUUGCCUUUUUUCUCAUUAUGUUUAAAUAAGAAGUUUUGUUACCUUUGUUAUGCUUUCACUCUAUAAAUGUAAACAAAUAGAAAAUACUGGUUAAAAUAAUAAAACAUGUGGUCGUGCUGACUUAAUACGAUGUUUAAAAAUAGCAGUUGAAUGCAUUUAUCCAGUUCUUGGAGCCCACAGUACAGAACUUUUGAAAGACCAGCGGGGCGUAGCCCGAAAGGAUUUCCAAAAUAAGA